AUGGCGCAACCACAGAAUCAGUACCCCCCGCCGCCAAUGUCGGCUUUUCCCCCGCCUCCACAGGGCAGCCCUUUCGCACCUCCGAAUUUCAGCUACCCACCUCCCCCAACUCAGUCACCUCCCACGAGUGGGGGAUAUCCAGGCCCUCCACAGUCCACUAGCCCACCUCCUGCAACUACACAGAACUAUGCUCAACAUAACGCUGCUGCUGUACAACAAAACGCAGCUAUCCACCGACCCUCGAUGUCACACUCGCCCCCGUUGAAGGCAGAUAUCGAACAUCUACCCGGAGGCGCAGCCCCAGCAGGUAAAUUCUCUGGAGCAAGCGCAGCAAACGAGGACUCCGUAGGGACUUUCAAUGGAGGCAGCUAUCGGGUCAGUCAUCGGGAUUCAAACUCUCUGUUGACUGUACAACUUGCGAUCGGCGCUCCGUUUACUGCCAAACCAGGUGCUAUGAUUGCAAUGUCUACAACCAUCACUUUGAAGGGUACUUUCCAUUUUGCGUGGAAGAAGCUGCUUGCUGGUGGCGAAAUGACAAUGUCCAAGUACAAGGGGCCUGGUGAACUCCUACUUGCCCCUUCCACUCUCGGAGAUAUCAUCGUUCUCCGAAUCAAUGAAAAUAACGAGUGGAAGAUCGGGCGGGAUGCAUUCCUGGCUUCCACAGAUGCAGUUUCGCAUAAAUAUCAAGCACAGGGAAUCAGCAAAGGCGUCUUCUCUGGGGAAGGCCUCUUCAUUUACAAGAUCACUGGUGACGGUUUACUCUGGGUUCAAAGCUUCGGCGCUAUAAUCAAGAAGGAUCUCCAAGAAGGAGAGGACUACUUUAUAGAUAACGGCCAUCUUGUUGCAUGGAACUGUAAGUAUAAGAUCGAACGUGUUGCAUCUGGUGGAAUCAUGUCCAACUUCAGCGCUGGAGAAGGGUUGGCUUGCAGAUUCUCUGGACCAGGAACUGUUUAUCUACAGACAAGAAACCUGAAUGCCUUUGCUGUCCAGAUGAAGGUCAGUACCGCAAGUGGCUAA